GUUUUGAUUCCUCAGAAUACUUUAAAUUUGUGCUUGGUGCUAGGGUUUCUGCAAUUCACAGGGGUUUUACAAGCGGAGCGGCGCACCAUCCUCGGCCGCCAUGGUUCUCAAGACUGAGCUUUGCCGCUUCAGUGGUGCCAAGAUAUACCCCGGUAGGGGUAUCCGAUUUGUGCGGUCCGAUUCUCAGGUUUUCCUCUUUGCCAAUUCGAAAUGCAAGAGGUAUUUUCACAACCGCCUGAAGCCGUCGAAGCUCACAUGGACAGCCAUGUACAGGAAACAACAUAAGAAGGACAUUGCUGCCGAAGCUGCGAAGAAGAAGCGCCGCACCAACAAGAAGCCUUAUUCAAGGUCUAUUGUUGGUGCCACCUUGGAAGUCAUACAAAAGAAACGAGCUGAGAAGCCAGAAGUCAGAGAUGCUGCACGUGAAGCUGCUCUUCGGGAGAUUAAAGAGAGAAUCAAGAAGACCAAGGAUGAAAAGAAGGCGAAGAAAGCAGAGGUGACGUCCAAGACACAGAAGACACAAUCCAGGGGUAAUGUUCCCAAGGGUGCUGCACCGAAGGUCCCCAAGCUUGGUGCUGGAGGAAAACGUUGAUCUCCUUCGAUAUCUUCUACGCAUGAAAACUAUUAAAAGUUUUUUCUUUCUGGGUUUUAUGUAUGGAAAGCUUCUUUUGGUAUUUUUCCCAUGACAUUUAAUUGGAAGAUGGGCAGAUUUGUAUCACUUUUUAAGUUUAGCAUUCACAUAGCAUCAGUUGUUGACUUA